CCUCGGGAACUUUGAUGGCUUCUUUGAGGAGAGUCAAAGUCCUGCUGGUGUUAAACCUGAUCGCCGUGGCCGGCUUCGUCCUCUUCCUGGCCAAGUGCAGACCCAUCACGACCAAGAGCGGCGACUCCUUCCAUGACAUCCAUCCCAGGGCAGAGGUGGCCAACUUGACAGCCCACGGCAUCAGCUCCAUCCAGGAUGCGGUGCUGAAGAGGCUCUCGCUCCUAGAGGACAUUGUCUACAGGCAGCUGAACGGUUUGUCCAAGUCCCUUGGUCUCAUUGAGGGCUAUGGUGGCCGUGGCAAGGGUGGCCUCCCAGCCACCCUGUCCCCCGAGGAGGAAGAGAAAGCCAAGGGACCCCACGAGAAGUAUGGCUACAACUCCUACCUCAGCGAGAAGAUUUCCUUGGAUCGCUCCAUCCCGGAUUAUCGCCCAACCAAGUGCAAAGAGCUGAAAUACGGGAAGGACCUGCCCCAGAUCUCCAUCAUCUUCAUCUUUGUGAACGAGGCGCUGUCGGUGAUCCUGCGCUCGGUGCACAGCGCCGUCAACCACACGCCCGCGCCCCUGCUGAAGGAGAUCAUCCUGGUGGACGACAACAGCGACGAGGAGGAGCUGAAGGCGCCGCUGGAGGAGUACGUCAACAAGCGCUACCCGGGGCUGGUGAAGGUGGUGAGGAACCAGAAGAGGGAAGGGCUGAUCCGGGCGCGCAUCGAGGGCUGGAAAGCUGCCACGGGCCAGGUCACCGGCUUCUUCGAUGCCCACGUGGAGUUCACUGCUGGCUGGGCGGAGCCGGUGCUGUCCCGGAUCCAGGAGAACAGGAGGAGGGUGAUCCUGCCCUCCAUCGACAACAUCAAGCAGGACAACUUCGAGGUGCAGCGCUACGAGAACUCGGCACACGGCUACAGCUGGGAGCUGUGGUGCAUGUACAUCAGCCCCCCCAAGGACUGGUGGGACGCUGGGGACCCCUCCCUGCCCAUCAGGACCCCGGCCAUGAUCGGCUGCUCCUUCGUGGUCAACAGGAAGUUUUUUGGGGAGAUCGGGCUGCUGGACCCCGGCAUGGACGUGUACGGAGGGGAGAACAUCGAGCUGGGCAUCAAGGUGUGGCUGUGUGGGGGCAGCAUGGAGGUGCUGCCCUGCUCCAGGGUGGCCCACAUCGAGCGCAAGAAGAAGCCCUACAACAACAACAUCGGCUUCUACACCAAGCGCAACGCGCUGCGCGUGGCCGAGGUGUGGAUGGACGACUACAAGUGGCACGUGUACAUCGCCUGGAACCUGCCCCUGGAGAACCCAGGGAUUGACAUUGGGGAUGUUUCUGAGAGGAAAGCCUUGAGGAAGAGCCUGAAGUGUAAAAAUUUCCAGUGGUACCUGGACCAUGUUUAUCCAGAAAUGAGGAGAUACAACAACACCAUUGCUUAUGGAGAGCUGAGGAACAACAAGGCCAAGGACGUGUGUCUGGACCAGGGCCCGCAGGAGAACCACACAGCAAUCCUGUACCCGUGCCAUGGCUGGGGCCCACAGCUGGCUCGCUACACCAGGGAGGGCUUCCUGCACCUGGGGGCCCUGGGCACCACCACGCUGCUGCCCGACACCCGCUGCCUGGUGGACACCGGCAAGAGCCGCUUCCCGCAGCUGCUGGACUGUGACAAGGUCAAGAGCAGCCUCCACAAGCGCUGGAGCUUCAUCCAGAACGGAGCCAUCCUGAACAAGGGCACGGGGCGGUGCCUGGAGGUGGAGAACAGGGGCAUGGCUGGCAUUGACCUGAUCCUUCGCAGCUGCACAGGGCAGAGGUGGACAAUUAAAAACUUCAUCAAGUAGAGGCUGAAAGAGUCAGGGGAGUCUGACUCGAGCCACGGCUGACAGGGGCUGACACGCCUGGACUCCUUUGGGAAGGAUGGAAAACCAAGCAGAGCUUUAUUGGUGUUCCUAGGAG